GCAUCACUGAUAAUGAAGUUUCUAAAGAAACUGGUAGAAUGUGGCAUAAAGAACUGCCAGAAGUUCGUUUAAAAUUCCAAAAAAUGGCUGAUACAGCUAAACAGGAACAUAUGAAAAAAUAUCUGGAAUAUAGAUAUUGUCCACUGAGACCACAAGAAAGGAAAUGUAGAACUAGGAAAUGA